AUGGCGGGCAGCACUCAAGACAUCAGCCGCGUAUCCGUCAACGACCAUUCACGGGCCGCAGUGGGUACCUUCCACGGACCAGUGUAUCUGGGAAACAACGAAAGCGAGUACCUAAACAAUGUGCUCAAUUCCCUUCCUAUCGCUGCAGACGCGCCGUUCAACGCAUACAAGCGACAACACGACCCGACCUGCCUUCCCGAUACCCGUAGCAAUCUCCUCCGAAAGAUAUAUGACUGGGCUGAUGGAAAAAACUCACCCAGCAUCUUCUGGCUGAGUGGUAUGGCCGGCACUGGCAAGUCUACCAUCGCGCGGACUGUUGCCUCCAGAUACUCUGAGAAGGAAGCCCUGGGAGCAAGCUUCUUCUUCUCAAGAGGCGGCGGGGAUAUUGGUUAUGCUCGCUGGUUCGUCACGAGCAUAGCAGUGCAACUUGCGUACAAAGUGCCAGGUCUGAAGCGGCCGAUUUGCGACUCAGUUGUCAACCAUGGAGACAUCGCAGGUCAGUCGCUCCGCGAUCAGUGGCGCCAUCUCGUUAUCGGACCACUCUCGGUGCUGCCAGGCGACAGCUGCCUGUUCCGAUAUAUUCUUGUGAUUGACGCUCUCGACGAGUGCGAGGAUGAGGACAAUGUCCGGACCAUUCUACAACUCUUAGCCGAAGCUCAGGCAUUGGAAAGGGUUCAGCUUCGAGUUUUCUUGACCAGCAGACCUGAGGUUCCAAUCAGGAACUGCUUUAUCCAAAUGCCCGACGCCGAGCACCAGGAGUUUAUUCUGCACGGUAUAUUGCCGUCGGUUGUUAAUCACGACAUCCGUAUUUUCCUGGAACACAACCUCAAACUUAUCGCCCAGGAACGCUCCCUCCCCGCUGGCUGGCCAGGAGAGGAGAUCAUCAAGCGCCUUGUCCAGAAGGCAAGCGGUCUAUUUAUCUGGGCAGCAACUGCAUACCGCUUCAUCCGCGAAGGGAAGAGGGUUGCUGCAAAGAGACUUCAUCAGAUCUUGGAGCACGGCAGCUCUACAGUCAACGGGCCAGAGGGGCAUUUAAGCGAAAUGUAUAUCGCUAUUCUUCGCCACUGCAUUUCAGAGUAUCCGGAUGGAGAGAGAAAAGAGCCACAAUCCAUACUGAAAAGCUUACUUGGAAACAUCGUGACUCUGCUCUCUCCGCUUUCUACCCAGUCCUUAACUAAGCUACUUCAAGAUGGAGUCGAUCAGACACUAUAUGAUCUCCACGCGAUUCUGGACAUUCCAGAGGAUAUAAGCGCCCCACUCCGUUUACAUCACCCUUCAUUCCGGGAUUUCCUUUACGCAGAGACAAGAUCCGCAGAGUUUUGGGUGGACGAGAAGGAAGCGCAUCUUACUCUGGCUACAAAAUGCAUUCAGCUCAUGUCCAGAUGUUUCGGGCAGGAAGAUCGCAUUGUCCGGCCAAAGGCGCUUAUUGCGAUAUGUGAUACCAGCCGACCAGGUACGCUAGUGACGGAGGUUAACAGGGAGCAAGUGGAGCAGCAUCUUCCUCCUGAAAUGCAAUACGCAUGCCGCUACUGGAUUCAGCACCUUCAGAAGAGCGGCGAUCAGCUUCGCGACGAUCAGCUUCACGACGAUGGCCCAGUGCACCGCUUCUUGCGGGACCAUCUUCUUCACUGGCUAGAGGCUCUUGCAUGGGUGGGGAAGGUGGCGGAAGGAAUUCAUAACAUUUCUACGCUAAAUCUUAUGGCAACGUCACAGAAGUGUCCCCAACUAUCUAAGUUUGUCUAUGAUGCUAAACGAUUCACCCUGUACAGCCGGUCAGCGAUCGAGCAGGCUCCACUCCAGAUAUAUUGCAGUGCGCUUGUAUUCGCACCUAUGGAGAGUAUAGUGAAGAAGCAAUUCAGCGACUGUGCGCAUCAAUGGAUGCGAAGACUACCAAAGAUUCAGGAAAAAUGGGAUGCGUCACUACAGACGCUCGAGGGCCACUCGGAUUCGGUCAACGCCGUGGCCUUCUCGCCGGACGGUAAUCUACUGGCGUCGGGCGCGGACGACGGGACGGUCAGGGUCUGGGACACUAGCUCGGGCGAGGUAAAGCAGACGCUCGAGGGCCACUCGGAUUCGGUCAACGCCGUGGCCUUCUCGCCGGACGAGGAAGAGGAAGAGGAAGAGGAAGAGGAAGAGGAAGAGGAAGAGGAAGAGGAAGAGGAAGAGGAAGAGGAAGAGGAAGAGGAAGAGAAAGAGGAAGAGAAAGAAGAAGGAAUCACAAUUUGUUUGUAG